AGCAGAUUUCUACCGGAAGAUGAUGUAAUAGUGAUCUUCACACCCGAUGCGGUCUCUCAGGAAACCCAAUCAUGAUGUGUCUUCGACUAGCCUGUUUCCAUGGGUCUCUCUUAGAUACGUGGGAUCAUGACGAGCAUCCAAGUUUGGUUGAAGAUGAAGGCAGAGGGAUUUAGAUAUGGGCUGUGGUAGCGUUAGAGAUUUUGUUGAGAGCGGAGGCAAAUCCAUUUCUUUUGUUGGUUCUGGCGGUCAUUGGUUAUGGUUGUCAAGGAUUAAAAAUGAAGAUGCAGUUGUCUGGUGCUGGUACUCUUGGCCCGUCGUUGGCAAUGCGGCGCGCUGCGGGCGGUGGACUCGGUGCGUGCUCAUCUAUGUCGCGUCCUCUUGCGGCUUUCUCGGGUGAAUUUAGCAGAGGAAUAUGUUCCUCUUCGAUCGCUAAUGGUCUUGUUUCGACGCCGUAUAAUAGCACUCGAACAAGUUCUUGUAAGGGAACAUCUUCGACGCGAGGAAGUCGCUCUUCAACAUCUAGUUUCAACCUUACGAGUCCAACAGGCUUCAAAAGGGGUGGCCCCACCGUCUCCUCCUCAUCUUCGACAGCUAUAUCUUGUUCUGGUUCUGGUGGUUUAGCGACGGCCCGUCGCUACUUCGCCGCAGCGAGAAGGGCACCGCAUGAAAUACUCGGUGUGAAGCCCGAUGCAAGCCCAGAGGAAUGCAAAAAAGCUUACAAGAAAAAGGCACUCCAAUACCAUCCCGAUCGAAACCCGGACGACAGGGAAGCAGCCGAAAAGAAAUUCAAGGAAAUAUCGGAAGCGUACGACGCGAUGACUAACCCCAGCGCUAGAGGCGGCUUCGGCGGAGCGGCUUCCAAUGGAACUGGAUGUACUCCUGCUUGAUGAGUGCACUACUCUGAUUCGCAGUAGAUAUUCAUUCAUGCGUUGUUCCGUUGAGGUGUACUCAUUCAAAUAAAGAAAUGAUAGGGCCUGAUCAAAAAAACGCUACCAAUUUAUUUUUAUUAUAGAAAAAUUCAGUUUUGGUUUGGUUACCCAGCAGGCAAUUUAAUAUUUCUCACCCAGUUCACUCCGGGGCCGCACGCGGUGGAGGGAUGCCGGGUGCGCGGCAGAUGACACCGGAGGAAGCUGAAAGGAUGUUUCAGCAGAUGUUUGGGGGUGGUUUCCACGACGUCUUUUCACGCAUGUUUCAGGGCUUGGACGAUGCUCCGUCAAAUGUUGUACGGAUGGGUGAUCGUUUGUCUGUGAUAGAGAACAGAAGAGCGAUCGAGCAAUACUGUCGCGCACGUGGCAUCGAUAGCGUUAACGACGACUUGCGGGCGCGCUGCAUGGGCAAGACGGGGCAAGUGGUGAAAAUGGAUGCGGGCGACAACACAGUGAAGCUGCGCUUUGAUGAUCUCGCGAGCAAAAAAAGUUCUGUCUCGGUAGACGCUUGGUUCCCGGCUGAGGCUCUCGUGAAGCAGGUCGAUAAGCAAGGGGCCGAUCCGUUCCGCGACGCGCAACGAUUCAAUGGCUUUCAUUUCGGCCAAAGCUUAGGUUCCGCUGCGGCUGGCGGGAACAUAUUUGGAGGAGGCGGCUUUGGCGGAGGAGGUGGCGUAGGUGGAGCCGCAGACGUCAUCUCUGAAGAGACGUAUACGCAAGUGGUCCAAGGACCAAAUGGGAGUCCGCAAUUGAAGGUGAUUACCGUGCGAAAAAAGCGCGACGGCACCACUGAGCGCAUCAUACAGACACAGCCGAUUUGAUGAAAUAGGAAUCCCCGUUAAAAGCUAAGUAUCUGGUACAUCCACGCUCUUCAGUACUUAUUUCCACCGUCCUGAGGGUAAGCGCGAUCAGCACAAGAGCAUUUGAUAGCGGAAAAAUCCAAAACAAGAUAGAGAUACAGAAUUGAAAUGAGAAUAAUUUCACCAACAUACAUACAACGAACACUACUCGCGCGAUUCCAACUCAUGAAAAAAAUAAGGAGCGCACAUAAUCUUCUCUUUUUUUCCGCGUCUAGAUCACUCCCUUCUUGCCCGAUAACUUUUUUGGCCUUAACGCCUCAGAACUUACAUUAGAAAGAAAAUUGUUACCACAGCACCGGGUCUGGGACAUAAUCAUGGAAAAGCUUACUCCACCAGGAUAUCGAUUCAUCAGUCAUCACGAACAAGAACGAAAUUGUUGAAAAAUAAUGUAAUUAUUCUAUGAUCAAAAGAAGCUCGAACAGCAGAAACAGAGUAAAGAUCAACGAAAAAUUUCGUCAGGACAGAUGAUCCUGUCCUCUACUCUAGACUUUGACUUUGUG